AUGAGAAUCUUCGCGCCUUUCCGCUCUGGUCAGCUUAAGUUUCUGGCUAGCCGCCAGCCGAGGUUCCCUGUUCCCGACAGCCCACGGAAGGCCAAUCUGGGAACUAUUAUCCAAAUGCUCCAGCUCAAGGUGCCCCAUAUUUUGCAGCACAACCUGCCGCAGGAAUUUCUGGCCCAGGAUAUCGUUCUGAGACUGCUCCCCGGCCAAAAACCACACAUACCGGUUAUCCGCGGAGUUCUACUUUACAACACCACAUUCAAGACGCUGCAACUACUGUUGACCUCGUUUUUCCUGAACCCGGAAGCAAAAUUGCACAUUACACAUAUGAACAUCAAGGAGGCAAGAGGGUCGCUGUCCAACACAGACCUUGUCAAUCUCUCGAUCAACAACAACCUGCUGGAUUUCGAAGAGUCUCCAGAACUGUCCCCAUACACCACCAAAAUCACCAUCAAAUGGCGCACCUGUCUCAACGGGUGCCCCCAUCUCCGCGACAACAAAACCGCGGACGCCAGGCUCGGCGCAUACAAUCUGGACACCAACAGCCUGCUGCACCUGAAACUGCCUCUCCAAAACCUGACCAAGCUCGAUGACAACUCCAUCGAACGUGUGCUCACAGGCAUCUUUGUGUUCGAAUUAAACGACAAAAACGACAAGAUCGCUGUACAUACCAUCGACGACUGCGAAAUCAUCGAAAACGAACAGCCGUCGCCAGACACAAACAACAUCGGCUUUGCCCCGGGAGCAUAGCCUCUGUAUAUAGCCUACUGCUCCGCAAUGCGUCUCAGAAGCUCAACGUUGAGCUCGAUGCUUUCCGCCACCUUUUCGCUGAGACACUUCAUCCUGUACAGGAAAUAUAGCUGCAAUAGCAGAAUAAAAGUCACCAGUAUUGCAAGCCAGUUUCCGGCCACUUGCUCCAGAACGAGAACGUAUCUCGCCGGCUGCUGCGAAACGGACUCUGUAGGAGUCUCCUGCGGUUUCUCCUCUGUCUCCUCGGUGUCUGCGAGCCUGCCCGUCUGGAUCUCUGGAAGAAUCUUGUCUAGCUCUUCGCCAAUCAGGUCGGCGGUUCUUUGCUGUCCCGACUUGGUGCUUUUCUCGAUAACUCCCUUAAUCCAGCUCGACCCGGUCCACACGAUUUUGUAGCUGAUUUUCAGCCGAGUCUGGCUGUCUUCCGCCCAUGUAAAAAUGUACCUCGUGACAACGUGGAAAGCAGUCCCGCUGGGGACGUUUGGCGUGCACGUGGUGCUCACCACUUCCACGUACUCGUUCAAAUCUUUGUGCUGGAUGAGCUCGGACGCCUCCACCUUGGCAGACUUGGGACCAAUCGAGUUGUUGAGCUUUUUUUCGUACUCGAACUUGCGCACCAGCUCCUCAUUUUCGUUCUCCUUAAAUGGCCCGUAGUCGCUGAAAUUGUACCCGUCGCUCAACUCCAUGAUGUGCUUGUGAAAUGUGAUUUUUUCGCCAAAAAGAACGUUGAACACCACGCCCAUGGGCGCAUUAAAAAUCUUGUCCAAAAUGAUCGAUUCACCAUGCGCCUCAGGCUCGUAGCUGCACUCCGUCGGGGUGUGCUUGUCGGGGCCCUCGUUUCUAUAAACAGGACUGGCCACCGCCUCCUCGUCUGUCUCUCCAUCCAUCAACGGACCGUUCUCGUCGAUGGUAAAGAUGUCGUCCUCCGAAAGCUGCUGGAUCGCCGGUGCAGCCAGAUUGCUCUCGAUCAGGUCCAGGGCGCGCGACUGUUCGUUCUUGGCUUUGCUCAGAGCCACAGAUUUCGACCACACGGUCUCCAGAAAGUUCAACGUCGAGUCGCGCGAGAUGAAGCUCGCGAAAGUGUGCUUUCCAUCCCUAGUCUCAAUGACUAUCCCAUUUGGAAACAGCCCGGCCGUCGAUUUGCGCUCAAAAUGGACCACCUCGUCGUGAGAAAUCACCAAGCUCGUCACCCAGCCCAGAAGGUUGGAGUUGAAGCAAAGAUAGUGCUCGGAUACGUAAAGUCGACCUUGCAGAAGGAUUUCGCGGCUCAGAGCACAGCUGAAAUCGUCAAGAAGCCGCUCGUUGUCCGGGAUGUUCUUGAACAGCUCGUGGAACUCGACAUUCCGCGUCAACGAAGCGUAACGGUACUGUGUGUCCAGAUACUUUUCGUCCGUGUACAGCUUGUUAGAGAACUCUGCUGGCGACCGGUCAAAACUGUCGUUGGAGGCCUCUGUGAGGGGCGUCUUAGGUAAGGACGAAAUGCUGCUGCUUUUUGCUCGGCGAGACGAGCGGCGGUAGCUGAGCAUCUCUGUGUGGCCAUUGACUACGUGUUCGAGCUUGCCUUCGUCCUCGCCGUCCUUUUUCGUGUGGUCCUCCGACUGACUGCGUAACGGAGUGCCCAGAGUGGAGGCUGUGUCGGUGGUUGUGUCUGCCUCCUGCUGUCUGGAAAUGGAAGCAAGACUUUUGAUGCUGGACAUGAAAGUGGCAUUCGGCGGCGGGACGGGCGUGGCAGGCUGCUCAUUGGCCGACUCGUGGCUCACUUGGUCUCCGUCGCCAUUCAUCGACCCGUCGGUGUCUCCUAGGCUGUCGCCCUGAUUGAACGAAAGAGAAACAGCGUCUGUCUUUGUUGUCUCUGGGUCUGCGGGCGUGGACUUUUUGAUUUUGAGCGGCAUCGAGGCUGUUGACGAGGCUGUGCUCGUGGACAGAUUCGACGCUCCAGACGGACGCGGCCGCUCGGGAAUGGCCAUUGCGGAGGUGCGCAGCGACGAGGUGCUGUUGAUCACCUCGUACGCGUUAUCGUCCGGGAGGCGGGGAAUAUCCACCGAGAGUUUGUGUUUUGGGAGCGGCGUGGACACGGACGAGACCGACGAGGCGUGGCUGCGGGCCCUGUGGGAGUCCUCGAACGAGAGCGAGGCCUUGUUUGUGGGGGUGGGGCUUGCGGACUCCUGUGCAUCAUCCAUCUCCACGAAAGGCCCUAGAUCCAUGGCAAUUGGUUGCGGGUGUAUUACUGCCACAAAUUGAGUGUUGUGAGAAAAAGAUUCGAGACGCUAGCUCCUUUUGUUAGGAUCAGUAUUUAAAUUAGUGAUUUUUUAUUUUCAGCCGAAAAGUUGAUCCUCAGAUAACGUAAUCGGUUGCUAUGCAAGUUGGCAAGAGCCGCUCCUCACAAUUUCUGCUACGGCAACUGCUUUAGCGCUGGAAAUGGAUCCAUUAAUGGCGGUAUCUUGCGCGCUUUUUCCGCGCUUGUCGCAUUAUAUAAAUCCACCCCAUGGCCAACAAUCUUAGCUUCCUUUGAUAUGUUCUUUUCUCUACCAUCGUUAAAGGACAUCCGCAAACUUGGAAAGCUCACAUACCCAUGUCCCGAGUGACAGAAACCAGAACUGUUGCACCUAUCCCAGAACUUGUUCCCGGACAUACAAAUAUUCCUGUUCAUAUACUGCGACCGAUUAAUGGCUGUUCUUAGUGGACAUGGUCGGCGCUAAUUUUGGGAGCUUUUGCUCCGACCUGCUUGUGACAGCUCUAGGAGAUUUCCUGAGCAGAGCAGUUUAUAUCCUCCCGGCGAAAAUCCUAGCGCCGGUUUUCCUAAUGGGAGGAUACGUCGACGCGGCCCAUGCUGCGGAGGGGACAUAUAGAACUUUUGAAAUACUGAAAACUGAAUUUGAACGUACCUCCCCUUACAUGGAAAGGGAGAGCGCAUCCCCCCUAUGGAAGGGGAGAAGUAUAUCCCCCCCUUCAGAUAGGGAGAAAUAUAAAAUGCGUUCCCCCUAUAGAAGGGGAGAAAUGCAUCCCCCCUUUCAAAUAGAGGGAAGGCAAAUUACAUGCCCUCCCUGUUUGGGAUGGGUAGCCUCUCCCCCUCCCCUAUGGUCAGGAGAGCCGCAUCCACCCCUAGUUUCGAAAGUAUACUUCCCGUCUUUCUAGUACAGGGCAGUGGUGGAACCCCAUACCGGACGACCUAUGGCAGUAUACUUUCACGGGCCUACCCCGUCGUGAUAGUAGUAGUUCAAUGUGUGGUAUAACUGGAAUCUUCCAAUGCUGGAAAUAUGGGCGAAAAAACGUGAUUUGGUAGCAAAACCUUAGAAAUGUCACAAGUGUAGCAAAGUGUAGAAACGUCAAAGUAAAUGAACAUCCAAUUGCUAUCCUGGUAAACGUUAUACACCGGAGGGGGCAUCCCCAGCAAAACGCACCAAGUGGACGGUUAUACUGCUGAGUUCUAUUCGUUAGCGCUAACAACAUCGUCAGCCAAUUGCUAAGCAAUUCUUCAGAGGAAUUCGAUAUCUGCUGACCUCGAUUCAAGCUUCCAGGCCGUACUUCGUGCCAAGCCUGUGCAAAGCGUCGCUCGGUAAUUAAACCCGCGCCAGCAUCCGCACACACAUUGACAGGUUCCUAGUCCUUUCAGUACCCCCGGAUCAGGUUAUAGAACCUAUCCCGUUUCUUGCAAGCCACAAUGGAUGCCCCACAGUCCAGUGUCUACGUGAAGGCACUGCAGGUACUGGACUGCUAUCCAUCUGGCUUACAAGAUCCGGUUAAUCAACGCAAUGGGCCCAAUUUAUCUUAGACUGGACUCCAAGGCGAGGAAAACGGAGUCCUCCCAAACUAGCCAAUCUGAGAGUAUCGUCCGUGAUGAACAGAGAGCUUCCUGAAAGGGGCACAUCUGAUGUACCAAUAAUGAGCAAUCUGCUGUCCAUGAAGUUAUAUUUUGGGGCGCGGGGCCCUAUUUAUACGUGGGCGUCUAGGUUUCCGGUACGCG